AUGGGAGCCAAGUCAAAGUGAGCUUUGUAUUCAAAAGCACGCGUUCUCUCGCAAAUGCCAAUUUCAGAUACGUGAUCGUCCAGCUCGCCAGUGUGAUAACGGGCUCGACCAGAGUCUGGGUCCGGGAACGAGCAGCCGAGAAGUUUGCCGGAAUUUUCUACGAUCCAGCUUGUGAGUUCUCUAUUUUUCCUAUAAACUGGGAGACGAGUUUCACGUUUCAGACGGAAAACAGUGUUUAUUCGAGGAAGUGAAGCGAGUGAAAGGAAAGACGGAUUUGCCGAAGCGAAUCAAAGGAAUCUACAGCGUGGAAAACUAG